AUGGUCCUUCUGUUGAUCCUGUCAGUUCUGCUUUUGAAAGAAGAUGUCCGUGGGAGCGCACAGUCCAGUGAGAGGAGGGUGGUGGCUCACAUGCCUGGUGACAUCAUUAUCGGGGCUCUCUUUUCUGUCCACCACCAGCCCACUGUGGACAAAGUUCAUGAGCGGAAGUGUGGGGCGGUUCGUGAACAGUAUGGCAUUCAGAGGGUGGAGGCCAUGCUGCACACCCUGGAAAGGAUCAACUCAGACCCCACGCUCUUGCCCAACAUCACCCUGGGCUGCGAGAUCAGGGACUCCUGCUGGCAUUCGGCCGUGGCCCUAGAGCAGAGCAUUGAGUUUAUAAGGGACUCCCUCAUUUCUUCAGAAGAAGAAGAAGGCUUGGUGCGCUGUGUGGACGGCUCUUCCUCUUCCUUCCGCUCCAAGAAGCCCAUAGUAGGGGUCAUCGGGCCUGGCUCCAGUUCUGUGGCCAUUCAGGUCCAGAACUUGCUCCAGCUUUUCAACAUACCUCAAAUUGCUUACUCGGCAACAAGCAUGGAUCUGAGUGACAAAACUCUGUUCAAGUACUUCAUGAGGGUCGUGCCUUCAGAUGCCCAGCAGGCACGGGCCAUGGUGGACAUAGUGAAGAGGUACAACUGGACCUAUGUGUCAGCGGUGCACACAGAAGGCAACUAUGGAGAAAGUGGGAUGGAAGCGUUCAAAGAUAUGUCAGCCAAGGAAGGGAUUUGCAUCGCUCACUCUUACAAAAUCUAUAGCAACGCUGGGGAGCAGAGCUUCGAUAAACUGCUGAAGAAGCUCCGGAGUCACCUACCCAAGGCCCGGGUGGUGGCCUGCUUCUGCGAGGGCAUGACCGUGAGAGGUCUGCUGAUGGCCAUGAGGCGCCUGGGGCUGGCAGGAGAAUUUCUGCUUCUGGGCAGUGAUGGCUGGGCUGACAGGUAUGAUGUGACAGAUGGAUAUCAGCGAGAAGCUGUUGGUGGAAUCACAAUCAAGCUCCAAUCUCCUGAUGUCAAGUGGUUUGAUGAUUAUUAUCUGAAGCUCCGGCCGGAAACAAACCUCCGAAACCCCUGGUUUCAAGAAUUUUGGCAGCAUCGUUUUCAGUGCCGGCUGGAAGGGUUUGCACAGGAGAACAGCAAAUACAACAAGACUUGCAAUAGUUCUCUGACUCUGAGAACACAUCAUGUUCAAGACUCCAAAAUGGGAUUUGUGAUCAAUGCGAUCUAUUCCAUGGCCUAUGGGCUCCACAACAUGCAGAUGUCCCUCUGUCCAGGAUAUGCGGGCCUCUGUGAUGCCAUGAAGCCAAUCGAUGGACGGAAACUUUUGGACUCCCUGAUGAAAACCAAUUUUACUGGGGUUUCUGGAGACAUGAUCCUAUUUGAUGAGAAUGGAGACUCUCCAGGAAGGUAUGAAAUAAUGAAUUUCAAGGAAAUGGGAAACGAUUAUUUUGAUUAUAUCAAUGUUGGAAGCUGGGACAACGGAGAAUUAAAAAUGGAUGAUGAUGAAGUAUGGUCCAAGAAAAGCCACAUCAUCAGAUCCGUGUGCAGUGAACCAUGUGAGAAAGGCCAGAUUAAGGUGAUCCGGAAGGGAGAAGUCAGCUGCUGUUGGACCUGCACACCUUGUAAAGAGAACGAGUAUGUCUUUGAUGAGUACACCUGCAAGGCAUGCCAGCUGGGGUCCUGGCCCACUGAUGACCUUACAGGUUGUGAUUUGAUCCCAGUAGAGUAUCUUCGCUGGGGUGACCCUGAGCCCAUUGCAGCUGUGGUGUUUGCCUGCCUCGGCCUGCUAGCCACCCUGUUUGUCACCGCAGUCUUCAUCAUUUACCGUGAUACACCAGUAGUCAAGUCCUCCAGCAGGGAACUCUGCUACAUUAUCCUUGCUGGCAUCUGCCUGGGCUACUUAUGUACCUUCUGCCUCAUUGCAAAGCCCAAACAGAUUUACUGCUACCUUCAGAGAAUAGGCAUCGGUCUCUCCCCAGCCAUGAGCUAUUCAGCCCUUGUAACCAAGACCAAUCGUAUUGCAAGGAUCCUGGCUGGCAGCAAGAAGAAGAUCUGUACCAAAAAGCCCAGAUUCAUGAGUGCCUGUGCCCAGCUAGUGAUUGCUUUCAUUCUCAUAUGCAUCCAGCUGGGCAUCAUCAUCGCCCUCUUUAUAAUGGAGCCUCCCGACAUAAUGCACGACUACCCAAGCAUUCGAGAAGUCUACCUGAUUUGUAACACCACCAACCUAGGAGUUGUCACUCCUCUUGGAUACAAUGGAUUGCUGAUUUUGAGCUGUACCUUCUAUGCUUUCAAGACCAGAAAUGUUCCAGCCAACUUCAACGAGGCCAAGUAUAUCGCCUUCACAAUGUACACCACCUGCAUUAUAUGGCUGGCCUUUGUGCCCAUCUACUUUGGCAGCAACUACAAAAUCAUCACCAUGUGUUUCUCAGUCAGCCUGAGCGCCACAGUGGCACUCGGCUGCAUGUUUGUGCCGAAGGUAUACAUCAUCCUGGCCAAACCAGAGAGAAACGUGCGCAGCGCCUUCACCACGUCCACGGUGGUGCGCAUGCACGUGGGGGAUGGCAAGUCCUCCUCGGCAGCCAGCAGAUCCAGCAGCCUGGUCAACCUGUGGAAGAGGAGGGGCUCCUCUGGGGAAACCCUAAGGUACAAAGACAGGAGACUGGCCCAGCACAAGUCGGAAAUAGAGUGUUUCACCCCCAAAGGGAGUAUGGGGAAUGGUGGGAGAGCAACAAUGAGCAGCUCCAAUGGAAAAUCUGUCACGUGGGCACAGAAUGAGAAGAGUAGCCGGGGUCAGCACCUGUGGCAGCGGCUGUCCAUCCACAUCAACAAGAAAGAGAACCCCAACCAAACGGCCGUCAUCAAGCCCUUCCCCAAGAGCACGGAGAGCCGCGGCCUGUGCGCGGGCGGCGCGGGCGGCGGCGCGGGCGGCGCGGGCGGCGGCGCGGGCGCGGGCGGCGCAGGCGCGGUAGGCGGCGGGCCCGAGCCCCCGGACGCCGGCCCCAAGGCUUUGUACGACGUGGUAGAGGCCGAGGAGCACUUCCCCGCGCCCGCGCGGCCGCGCUCGCCGUCGCCCAUCAGCACGCUGAGCCAGCGCGCGGGCUCGGCCGGCCGCACGGACGACGACUUGCCGUCGCUGCACUCGGAGCCCGCGGCGCGCAGCAGCUCGUCUCAGGGCUCGCUCAUGGAGCAGAUCAGCAGCGUGGUGACCCGCUUCACGGCCAACAUCAGCGAGCUCAACUCCAUGAUGCUGUCCACCGCCGCUCCCGGCCCCGGCGCGGGCGCCCCGCUCUGCUCGUCCUACCUGAUCCCCAAAGAGAUCCAGCUGCCCACCACCAUGACCACGUUCGCCGAGAUCCAGCCGCUGCCCGCCAUUGAGAUCACCGGCGGCGCGCAGCCCGCGGCCGCGGCCCCGCCGGCUGGGGGCGCUGCCCGGGAGCCCCCGGCGGCCGGGCCCGAGGCUGCGGCCGGUAAGCCGGACCUGGAGGAGUUGGUGGCUCUCACCCCGCCGUCCCCCUUCAGAGACUCGGUGGACUCGGGGAGUACCACUCCCAACUCGCCAGUGUCCGAGUCGGCCCUCUGUAUCCCAUCGUCUCCCAAAUACGACACACUUAUCAUAAGAGAUUACACUCAGAGCUCCUCGUCCUUGUGAAUGUCCUUGGAAACCACGCUGGGUUCCCAAACGGAGCCGAGACCUCCGGUGUUCCCACAGACAAAGUCGCCUGAU